AUGAUUCCAGCCAGCUUUACGGACUCGUGGACAUGGGCAGGCACGUAUUUUUCUCCCAAAUUAAAUGUUACCAGGAGUUCUGAUGAUGUUAGUAAUGGCAUACGAUUCUCAAUCUCUGAUUUAUCGACCCCCCGCCUCCUGCACUGCAUAUAUCGCGAGCGGGCUGACAUAUCGCUGUAUGAUGCGCUCCACGAAUCCACGCCCUCCCGCUUCUCUCCCACUGUCAUGGAGCGAGUAGCAAAUACCAUGGCUAGAUUUGCGAGUAUCUGCGAGUCUUACCAGGUGCCAAAGAAGAAUAUCAAUGUCUUUGCAACGGAGGCGAUGAGGACGGCGGAGAACAGGGACGAGAUGCUGGCAGCGAUCAAGAAAACCAGUGGUUUAACAGUUGAUUUACUGAGUCCCGAGAUGGAGAGCUUAUUUGGUGCUAUGGGGGCUAGGAGUGGAUAUACCAAUGUGGAUGGCCUAUUUAUGGAUCUGGGGGGUGGCAGUGUCCAAAUGACCUACGUUUGCUCUGAUGAUGAAAGCGGAUAUGAUUUGCUAGCGGCAGCAGCAGCAACGAGUUUGCCAUUCGGGGCGGCGAAGCUUACCAUGGCGCUGAGCUCACAGAGCACGGCUGAGAGUGCGAAGACUGAAUUGCGGGCACGCAUGAAAGAGACCUUCGAAAUUCUGGUCACGAAAUUCCCACGCAUCAAGGAACAGUCAGAAAGCUCGGAAGGUAUCACAAUCUACUUUUGCGGAGGCGGAUUUCGUGGUUAUGGAAGCAUGCUCAUGCAUACCGAUCCCAUCCAGCCGUAUCCUAUACCUUCCAUAGGAGGGUACAUCGUCCCAGGCCAUCGAUUCAUCAAAUGGAGAGAGAUGUUGCAUGCGAAUAAUUCCGAAGAAGGCAAAAUUCAUGGAAUGUCGAAACGCCGAAGGGAACAGUUUCCCGCCAUCGUUCACGUCGUGCAAUCCCUUGUCGAAGCCAUUCCCAAAAUCGGACGGGUCAUCUUCUGCAGCGGAGGAAACCGGGAGGGGGUCUUAUAUAUGAAGCUUCCACCCGCAGUCCGAGAGUCAAACCCUCUUGCUUUGUUACCGGGCGCAACUCCCGAUCAAGACCCAGCGAUUCUCGAAUCUGUCGUGCAGAAACUGGGGGAGGGCACGCCGAAGGAUUCUCCCGAGAUACUCUUGGAGCUUCUGCACUACAUCGCCAGUAAUACAUGGCAAUCAAUGGGCGACCCUGACGGGGCCAACUCCGCCAGAGCUCUGCACAACCCCAUCACCGGAAAUCUGGCUGGGCUGCCCGGGUUGACACACACGCUUCGAGCCACUCUCGCCUUGGUCAUGUGCGCGCGAUGGGGCAACGAUCUCGGCCGCGUUGAUCUUGGGAUCCACGAAAAUCUUCGAGCCCUGGUCGGCGAUGUUACGGCGUGGUGGUGCGAAUACAUCGGAACCCUCGCUAGCUUCCUGGCCAGCUUAUCUCCAGCGUUUCCUACCAAGCCACUAGACGAGCUCGUAAAUUUCAAAGCUUCGACGAGCAGCAGCUUGGGAAAGAAGGGCGACAAGUUCGGUGUCAGGCUACAGAUUCGGGUAUCUCGCGAGGCCCAGCGUGGCCUGGCUGUGGGUGAUUUGGAAGACAUGUUCUCCCAUACGGGGAAAGGCAACCCCUUAAAGUGGAAGGUCGAGGCCGAAGUUGAAGUUGCAGACCUGUGA